AUGGCGGACGAUAAUCCAGAGCUGAAUAGCGCUCUGCGGAACCUCGACAGAGAAUUGGAGGAAGGAGAUAUCACGGAGAAAGGCUAUCAGAAACGCCGGACGCUUCUCCUUUCACAAUUCUUUGGUCCUAACAGCGGCCUCGAAGUCAAUACACCUAGCUCGGGAGGACCUUCUUUAUCGUUGACAAGCUCAAAUAAUGCCCCGCAGGCCAUACUUAGCGUUCGACCGCCUACAGCCGAAUCUACAACUCAGGGCUUUCCUUCAUUCACCAACGGACGUGACAACACACCGGGCAGCGGAAGCUUCGGAUAUGAUCGAAGAAUCAGUGCAGAUACACAACACACCGUUGAUAGAGACAGCGCGUUCCUACAGGCUCUCGACCGAAUGCCCUCGUCUGGCUCAUACGACUCUCUAUUCCUGCCAAAGUCGCAACAAGCGCCUGUCACACCAGAAGAUACAAGGACCGCGACGCUAUUGAGUCAGAACUAUGCAUUCAACCCUGGUCCUUACCAAGAACAUUUGGACGAGUCAGCCGGUGUGUAUGAAAUGCCACCUGGCGGAAUCACGCGGCAGUCGACGAUGCUCGACUCACAGCAAGGGUACUUCUCUGAUUUCGCGGGACAGCAACAAGAUGAUUAUAGAGAUAGCUAUGGCGGGGGCGGCUUUCAUCGUUACUCCCAGUCGGACGCAUUUUCUCCCACUGCAAAUAUGGCACCGCCGCUGAUACCUGCUUCUGAGCUGCCUCAUGGGCCCGCAAUUGAGCAUUUGCUCCCUCUAGAGCCUCGCGACAUUCCAUUUGCAGUUCAUGACCCCCAUGACAAGAAUAUGCCAAUGUCUAACUUCGACAACAUCCCAGCUGUGCUUCGGCAUCGCUCUCGGAUUCAUUCAAAACAGGCUGCUUACUGGGUAUUGGACCAAAAGGGCAAGGAGAUUGCGUCGAUCACAUGGGAGAAGCUUGCAAGUCGUGCUGAAAAGGUCGCACAGGUUAUCCGAGAUAAGAGUAAUCUUUAUCGCGGUGACCGAGUAGCACUCAUCUACCGAGAUUCCGAGGUCAUAGAGUUUGCCGUUGCGCUCAUGGGAUGCUUCAUCGCCGGCGUUGUUGCUGUACCAAUCAAUAGUCUCGAGGACUAUCAAAGCCUUAACCUUGUUCUCACCUCAACGCAAGCGCAUCUUGCAUUGACUACGGAAAAUAAUUUGAAGAGCUUUCAAAGGGAUAUUACCGCCCAAAAAUUGAACUGGCCAAGAGGUGUCGAGUGGUGGAAAACGAACGAAUUCGGAAGUUAUCAUCCGAAAAAAAAGGAUGAUAUACCGCCUCUUGUGGUGCCCGACCUAGCUUAUAUUGAAUUUUCAAGAGCACCUACAGGGGAUUUGCGCGGUGUUGUCAUGAGUCACCGGACGAUCAUGCAUCAGAUGGCCUGCCUUAGCGCAAUGAUCUCGACUGUGCCGGGCUCUUCAAAAGUCAGAUCGCAUGGAGAAACGCUCAUGAGCUAUCUUGACCCCAGGCAUGGAAUCGGUAUGAUAUUAGGCGUGCUUCUUACAGUAUAUGGUGGCCACACAACUGUCUGGCUAGAGGACCGGGCGGUUGAAACGCCAGGCCUAUAUGCACACCUCAUCACGAAGUACAGAGCAACUAUCAUGGCUGCAGAUUACCCUGGUCUCAAAAUAGCCGCAUACAAUUAUCAACAGGAUCCCAUGGCCACACGGCAUUAUAAGAAGAAUUCCGAGCCCAACUUUGGAAGUGUUAAGCUCUGUCUUAUAGACACUCUUACUGUCGAUGCCGAGUUCCACGAGAUCUUAGCGGACAGAUGCUAA